AUGUCGUUGAUUCCAUACCACCCGCGAGAAGGUCGCGAGAUAGUCCUCCGCCAUCGUAACGCCAUCGUCGUCCGCGAUCCCUCCUCCCAACGACUCGAGAUUCGAGGCCUGUCCGAGUGCCCGACUUGCCGCCAGCCUUUGCGAUCAUCCUCCCCAGAGCGCCAGUUUGACAGCACUCGCCAUCAUGAGUCUUUCGUCGACCCCAACUACUUCCGCAUGCUGCGAGCCGGCGGCCACGGAGCUCGCGUCGAUCACCCUCCGUCCAGUCCCAUCCGCCGAUUUGUACAACCAAGCUUACCCCAUCCGCAAGCUGCGGUCAUAGACGAGACCGAGGAUGCCGAGUUUAUUUCGAGCACACCAGCCGUUCAAGAGGGCAGCCGCAUUCGCCGUGAGGCCUUCAGCCCCAAUUACUUCAAAACUUUCUUUGUCGAGGAGAAGGAGCUUGGCCGUGGGGGUAAGGGCGUGGUGCUGCUCGUCCGCCACGAAAUUGACGGCUGCCAUCUCGUGCUCGUCGAAGUUGAGUUGCUCGCCAAGCUAUCACACCCGAACCUGGUCUCUUACCGCCACGUUUGGCUUGAAGAUGUCACAUUGACUCGGUUCGGCCCCAGUGUAGCAUGCGCCUUCAUCCUGCAACAAUAUUGUAAUGGCGGCGAUUUGCUUCAGUACAUCAUUGGCGACCAACCGAAGGAGUCGACCAAGGAGCAGCUUAAAGCGCAGAUGCGCCGCAAGUCCAAGGGUCAGCUCGAACUUCCCCGCGACCAGUUCAAUUCACAAAGACUGUUGUCUUUUGAGGAAAUAUUCUCCCUCUUCAAAGACAUCACCUCUGGACUGGCGUAUCUUCACGCUGCCAGCUAUAUUCACCGUGACCUCAAGCCAAGCAAUUGUCUUCUGCAUCGUGAAGGCAACGGGCUGCUCUGUCUGAUCAGUGACUUCGGCGAGGUUCAGUCGGAGAACAUGGUCCGCAAGUCAACUGGAUCGACCGGAACUAUCUCCUACUGCGCCCCAGAGGUUUUGAAGAAAGACUCAACUGGGCGCUACGCCAACUUCACCACAAAGUCCGACAUUUUCUCUCUCGGAAUGAUUCUCUACUUUAUGUGCUUUGGUCGUUUGCCUUAUCGUAGCGCCAAUACGAUCAACGAGGAACUAGAGGACAUCGAUGAGCUGCGCGCGGAAAUCACAGACUGGCAGGGAUUCCAAGACGAGCGUAGAGAGCGGCCAGACCUCCCAUCAAAGCUGUACCAACUUCUCAAAAAGUUACUUGCCCUCGACCCUUUGCAACGCCCAAGCGCAAGCGAGGUUCUGGGCGCAAUGAAGACAGAGUCUAGUCUGGAUGGUGUACCUCGAGGUAGGAGCUCAAGCCCGUCAAUGGGUAUCAAUGGGCGCCGGAUUCAGAGUCUGGAUUCCCCAAUGCCCCCAAGCACCCCCGUGUCAGGUUCGUUUCUCAUCAACUUCUAG